UUGGCUCACGGCGCUGUCACUCAACGGCCUGAUCGAGGGCGCGCCCAGGAGAGACCCGCAAAGUCACGUUCGAAAGGGUUUCCAUCCAAAUGUGCGACUUUGUCUACUUUUGACUUCUCCUUCACGCUCAAAGACAGAUUCUUAUGAUCUUUGUGGCCAUGAAGACAAACAUGUUGACCUUCAUUCUUCUGUGUCUGAUGGUGCCAGGAGUCGGUGCUUUGAGAGUCAACAUCCCAAAUCCCCAGUACGAGUUUGCCAGAGGGGACAACAUCACGCUGCCAUGCUCCUUUGAACCCAGAGAUCCCGGCACGCCCGACGUCAUCGUCCAAUGGUCCGUGGACGAUUUGGAACCUGACGGCCAACGGAAAUCCAUCGCCACCUAUUAUUCUUACCUAAAUGAGACCAACAUCAAGGACGUCUAUGAGAAGCGGGUCUUCCUGGAUGUGGACGUGGCCUCCAGAAAGGCCAACCUGAGGCUCUUCUCAAUCCGACUGGAAGACAACAAAGAGUUUGAGUGUCGCAUCAACAUCCCUGGCGACGACGAGGGCACUCCAGCUGCUACCACUCGCCUGGUGGUUCUAGUCGCUCCCUCCACGCCCAUCUGUGCCAUCCAAGGAAAAGCCGAGUACGGGCAGAACAUCAACCUGACGUGCAAGUCCGAGGAGGGCUCGCCGCCACCCACCUAUGAGUGGACCAGUCUUGAUACCAGGAAAGUUCCUCACAUCAAAAGCCCAAGAACGACCACCAGGGGCGGAGUCAUGUCCCUGUUCAACAUCACCAAGGAAACGUCGGGAUACUACACCUGCACGUCCAGCAACAAGAUUCGCUCCGCCAGCUGCAACGUCACGCUUUCAGUCAUGCCACGGUCCAUGAACAUCGGCUCCACCGCAGGAAUCAUCGCAGCAGUCGUGGCGGCUCUCAUCAUCCUCGCCGUCGUCAUCUACUGCUGCUGUUGCCGCAAGAAGAAGGAGGAGGAGGAAUACGCAAUGGGAGUUCGUGAGGAAGGCCCCCCCGACAAAGAACCAGACAGGAAUGGCGAGGGAGCAAACGACAGACGUAUCGACGACGACGACGAUCGCUCUGAUGUUAGGGCGCCCCUUCGUGACCGGCCCGAGGGGCGAGGCCAACGCGACCCCAGCCCCCGCCGGGACCACGACGAACGCUACAGCGACUACGACGACGGCCGCAGCGACUACACCGACCGCCGCAGCGACUAUUCCGACGCACGCGACAAGCACGCAGACCGCCGCGAGCACUACGACGACGACCGCCGCAGCGACUACGCCAACUCCCGCGAGCGGUACGAUGACCGCCAGGAGCGCCACGCUCAGGACCGCCACCCCAACGCCGAACGAGACGCUCGCUACCGCGACGACGCUCGCUACGACGAACCUUACGACGACCGCGACGCGCCGCCCGUCCCGUCCAAAAAGCCGCCGAGAAGAGACUACGAUGAGUAAGCCACCCGGGUUUACUGACCGCCGUCCUCCAUCUUGUUUUUCCACACCCCCGAGGACUUUUACGCCAUGUUGCACGCACGGUGGGCCCCGCCUCCUCCUGCAGGAAAAAGUUGAUUAAUCCCAGCCCCUUCCUGCUCCGCCACUGAUAACAAAUAUAACGGCACGUUUCACGCUGAAACAUUUGCUAUUUGAUCUCUUCAUAAAUGUCUUGUUUUGCAUCCAAAAUAACCGUCAAUGAGGUCCAAAACAAAUUGGGUUGACGUAAUUCAAGUGUUACGGGGCGGGGGGGGGGGCCACAUUUGAUCUAGGAGCGGCCCUGCUUGUCAGACUGCAUGCUAGGAGUGGACGUAGCUUCCUUCAAAGCGCCACUACUAGCCUAGACCUUGUUUUUAUUCAUGUAAAUGUUCUCUCUUUGACGUGUUGCAGGUGUGUUUUAUAGCACUUGACUGUCCAGGUGUACCAGGGAAUAGCUGUACUUCUCCAUCUUCUUCAGUCAGGUCGCGGGGGCAGCAGCCAAAGCAAAGCCGGCGAGUUAUUUAUGUGCCAUAUGUUCAUAUCUCAUCAAUGUGUCAUGUACAGGCUUUUUACUUUUUACUUCCAUACAACUUUACACUCUUUUUGCCUCCAUUUUUUUUAACUGUGUGUAGAGUUUUACUUUGGCUGUCAGGUUCCAAACAUUGAUGUACUGCAAAUGUUUUCAAAGUAUUGCAGUAUCAUUAGUUGUGCUUGCUGUUUGUCCAACAAUGUACUGUAUAGUCCAGCUGAAAUGUUGUAUAAUAAAUCAUCUCUUCUGAAGAAUG